GAAACAUUAGUCAUAGAUAAAGAUUCAACAGGUCGAGAUAUAGUUAAGUAUGUAUUGUAUUCUCGACCAAUCGCGGGGAGACGCAAUUGUCGCGUAAAAUAACUAUUACGUCAUGCGGCUUACCAUACGUCAUAUUCUUAACUAUCCGACUUCCAAAAACGUCGAAAAAAAUCGAAAGGCGUUCAGAACUUUUCGAGAAGUCGAACCGUCAACACAUCUCAUAUGUCGCGCAUUGCGUAUCAACCAAAACGCAGUUACAUUUUUUUUGUUCCAUUUAUAUCUUUCUAGUUAAUAAGUUGUUGAAAUAAACAUUAAUUUAUUUGUGUUAAUUCUGUGGAAUUUCAUUGAACUACCCUUAUUAUCAUAAUCGAAAUAAGGGGAUCGAUCAGUUCGUGGCGUCGAUUAUUUAAUCGCAACGGGAACUUACAACUCUCGUUGACGUGCUAUCUCGCGAUCGCGUCUCUCCGCGAACGGUCGAAACAAUAACAAAAUAAAAAAAAGAAAUUUGAAGUGAAAAAUAAAAAAAGAAAACUUUAUUUUUUUCUAACAACAAUCUACUUUACAAUCCACUUCCGAACUCUAGGCGUGACUUUCUAAGACUGACUCUUAUGAUUUUACUUUCGAUCGGAUCCGAUUACUUCCUUUUGUCAUCCCUCAACAUCCCCAGCGUCCAUGCAUUUGCUAGGCGUCCGCGACCGUUGCCACGUGCUCUUUGUUCUAACACCUUCGGUAGAAGGACCGUUGGGAUGUUGAUGGUUCAUUAGGCACUUCAGCGAUAUACAUUGUCGCCGAGUGCCGCCACAUCUUUAUCUCCAUCGUCAGUCCGUCGGAUUUGAAGUAUGCCGAUCGUGACACAAUCGCGAGGAGAGAUAUCAAUGGGAGUCGUAAAUUCCCGUUACGAUUAUGAUAAUCGACACAACGAGUUGAUCGAUCCCCUGAUUUCGGUUAAGAUAAUAGGGGUGAUUCAGUUAGUAUAACAAUGUGAUUCACAGAAUUAUAAGCUAUAUAUUUCCAACACUUAAGUUACACUGUUGAGUAGGUAUAAAUCGUAGAUAACAACUUGUCGCACGAAGGUAAAAUAGAUAUGCACAUCAGAGCAAGGCUCUUAUAAUUGAAUUUAGUAUGUUAGUAGACGUAGCAAAAGGAUGCUUAAUAGAGGAGGUCUAUGUUCGACAAUACCGAGAACCGACUUAGAUGGUUGAUGUGAGUUGUGGUUGAAAUUGAAGCCAUUCUUAAUUCACGCCCACUGACUUCCAUAUCAUCCGAUCCGAAAGAUCCCCUUGUCCUCACCCCCGGUCAUUUUCUAAUCGGUGACACACUAACAAGUUUACGGGAGCGUGAUUUUAGGACAGUUCCAUCAGGCCGGUUAUCAAGUUGGCAGCGUAUCCACCAGAUUAAACAGCACUGCUGGAGCAGAUGGUAUCGAGAGUACCUUAACGAGCUGACCCGCCGCAACAAAUGGAAUAAGGGCAAACAUGACAUUCGUGAAGGCACCGUAGUAAUCCUCAGAGAGGAUAACGUACCAUCUAUGCAAUGGCCUUUGGGCCGCAUAAUCAAGGUCCAUCCAGGAGUCGAUGGAAUCAUACGGACCGCUACCGUGCAGACGGCAACAAGUAUCCUGGACCGUGGUGUCAAAAGACUGGUCCCCUUACCCAUUCAACCAGAUCCAGACGAAUCCGAACACCCACACGGAGCGAAGGAAAUUCACAAACGACGCACCUGACUCGACAGCCAGAAUUUGAUCGAUGCCCUCUCAACGGAGGAUGUUACGUCGCCUAAAACGUCUGCACUCCAGCCUUCACGACCGGACAGCCAACGGCCUGCGUAACGUCAUUCCGACCCUCAAUAAACCUAAGAACCCACCAUAACUCUUCACUUUUCACUAUAUUGUGUCAACAUGUGUCUUCAGUCAAUCCGUUUGUCCUGAAGAAUUUCUUAAGCCUAAAAGUAUUUUCGACGCACAUCUGGUUUUUUAGAGAGGUCCUUGGGUUUAUCAGGCGCACUUAAAAACACGGAGAAAGCGGGUAUGCACCUAUUAGGAAAAACCGAAUAACUAUCUAAUAAAACAAGCUCGUUCACAUCAUCAACAUCGCAACAAUCUGAUUCAACGCCAUCAAACGCCUUGAAUUAGACAAUCGCUCGCUUGAUUCUCUGGAUCAACAGAAGGAUGGAACCUUACCAGACGACAUGCCGUCUCCUACUACACUAUCGCCGAAAUGGGCCACACCGACGAGUGGCCUGAAACGAAACACUAUACUCGUUGAUUUCAUUGCAGCCUACAAGGUGGAUCAUUUAAUUAAUUUCGAUGGUUUUCAGAACAGCCCAUUGGAUCUCAACACUUGUCCACAAAGGCCACAGAGCACUAUAUCGGACAAGUCUUUGAUCACCAUCAACUUCCUGGAGAGCAUGGUCGAUCAAUAUCAACAGUCGAAACGAGAAUGAGAAGGUCAAGGGAAGGUGCAAUACUUUCAAGGGUCUGGUGUUUCCGAAACACAAUACAAGGAAAGCGAAACUCUCUCAAUGUCUUGCCACGAAACAGUCGACGACACGUGGAACAGAACAAACUCUGUUCAAGAGGAAUUAGAGGUUCUUGACGAGGAAGAGAGUGAUCAUCCAGAAACUACCUCAGACGCAUAUCUUGCCGUUGACAAACGAUUAAUGAAACGCAUCGGGGACGGUCAUGCCCCACUGGAAGCUUACAAGACAAUUGCGACGGAGGACUCCGACGGCAGUACAAGGUGCAACGUUACACUGAUUGAGCGUGGAAGCAAAAGCACCAACAAAAUAACUCAAUUCGUACACAUCAUCGGGGGGAGCUCAGUCUCCCAAUCAGCUCUAAAACUCCGCGUCGUGCUUGACGAAUCUAUAACAAGCACCACCAGAGUUCUUUUCAACGGUACCUCCUGGAUCGAGGCGUUACCUGAUACUUCAUGGGACGAGAUGUCCUACAACACUCCCAGGACCAAGGUGAUCCACGACAAUUCUUGGAUCGUGAAUAUCAACUGGAAAUGUCUUAGAGAAAACGAGGACGACGAUGAUCCAAACUACGAGGUGGACAACAUGCUUUCGACGCAACAAUCCUUAGGCCUGACCAUUAAUUUUCCCUGGCAGCUAUGGCAUCUACGGACAGCAACAACUCAUGCGGAGACGAGCAUCUUGGACCGAGAUGCAAAAUCUUCCCAUUCCAGAUCCGAACCUAACCAAACGGAAGGUAAGAUGUCUCCGAUUUUGUCUUUAGCGGAUAAUUGGACCACGCCGGUCCAACCACCAAGCAUCAUCAAGAAGGCGCGAUACGAAUGGAUCAGCGGGGAGAGCCCUGUCCCCCAAUCAACCAUAGACCUCCUUCACGUCUUCAUUGCGCAACCACAUACGGAUUUCACGUGCCUUUGUGAAAUCGGCGAGAUGCACAACGACACCUCCUGAGACGAGGAUUUCCACGGUCCUUCAUGGACCGAGAUGUUUCACGACACUUCCUGGUUCAUGAACUUCAACGGAAAAUAUCUAGGUAAUGCCGAGAACCACGGCGAUCCAGAAUACAGGAAGGACAACAUAUCCUCAACGCACCUGCCUUUCGGGCGUAUCAUCAACUUCACCCUGGCGACAACGGCCUCAUCCAGACAAUCACAAUCGUGGAUCGAGGUGCCACACAGCUCGUCCAACUAUCGAGCCAACGCGAUCCAGCAGAAUACGGACAAUCAACAAUCAACAAAGAGUUGGACGGCAGCUUCAAUUAAUUCUACCUUUACAGAAAUUUUGAUCGGUACCCUCUCAACGGUGGGAGGAUGUUACGUCGGGCGACCCUCUACCUAGACCAGGCCAUACACCGUGGGCCAGACGGGAACCAGAUGUCCACUCAUCCUUACUGCGUAUCCUCAAUAGUCUUAAGGACUCAUCAUAAAUCCCACUAAUUUGCUAGCUAAGGUCCUUCAGACCCAACAAAUAUCUUUUUUCCAAAUCAUUUUCUACGGAUUGACGAGGGAAAGUUAGUUUUUCUCACGUACGAUGCUUCCGUACUUCAACUUUCUAUCGAGGGUGGCUAAGACUCUUCCUAGUCCACCAAUCUUCGUUUAUCCAAUCAGAAGCAAUGUAUACUGCCCUCACUUUCCUGACCAAAAAUGUCAUGAACAAAUCCAAUGGCCCUGUGCGCUAGACACACCCAUCGCUAGCUUUCCUCCGACACAGCAUCGUCACCCAACUUACUUCUUCUAUACCGCUAGAAAAGUCAACAACUAAGUAUAAAAUCUAACGCCUAACAUCUAAGUCUAAGCACAACGCUAGAGGAGUAUAACUCACAUCAAUUAUCUAAGUCGGUUCUGGGGAAUUUCGAACAUUCACCUCCUCUAUUAAACAUCCUUUAGUGCUACGUCUACUAACAUACUAAAUUCAAUUAUAAGAGCCUUGCUCUGGUGUGCAUAUCUAUCUUACCUCCGUGCGACAAGUCGUUAUCUACGAUUUAUACCUACUCAACAGUGUAACUUAAGUGUUGGAAAUAUAUAGCUUAUAAUUCUGUGAA